AUGAAAGUAUGUGAUACUUUACUUUUUGUUAGUACUUCGUUGAUGGUUAUUGCUUUAUUUGUUGCAGGUAUAACUGAUAGUCCAAAAUAUCAUGACAUAGAAAUAACUGAUUGGUUAUGCGACCAUAAUAGAUUAUUAUGUUUAAAGAACCUACCACAACAUAACACUCAAUGCGAACCUCAACUUUCUUUUAAUUCAGCAACAUCAAGAGAUGUUGUUAUGGGAACGUUUAUACCAAAAAGUGGAUGGACUGAAGGGCAUUUAGAAAGCAUGUCAUACGUUUUUUAUUUAAUGCGUCAAACGAUUCCAAAAGCACAUUUAGUAUUAUUUUUAGCAGAACAAUUAAAAGGAAUUGAUAUAUGGGAUAAAAUGGUACGGACAUAUUCUAUUGAUGCCAUUUAUGUUACUUUACCAGAAGGAUGGAAUAUGAUAAAUUAUAGAUUUAUGUUAUACAAAGAAUAUUUAAAAGAACAUGAAGGAGAAAUUGAUAGAGUUAUAUUUUGCGAUUCAAAAGAUAUUUAUAUCUUAAGAGAUCCAUUUAAACAAAUCAACAACCAAAAUUCAUUAAUAAUUGGAAGAGAAUUUAGAAGUUCAGAGGAUAAUGAUUAUUAUUCAUAUGACGGUUUCUACCAAUACUACAAUAACUAUAUUUGGAUGAAAGAUGCAUAUGGUGAAGACUUUACUAAAGAAUUAAAGAAAAAGAAAGCUCCAAUUAAUAAUGCAGGUUUUGGUGGUGGUGAUGUUCAUUCAGUACUUAAGUUAUUGACAAUAUGGACAAAUGAAAUGGUUCGUGUUGGUGGUCAAAAAAGAUGGGGAUUUGAUCAAGCCGUGUAUAACUAUUUAAUUUAUAAUGGAACUAUUAGUUCUAAAUUUCCUUACGCUCAUUUUGCUGAUUGUAAACAUGAUAGGAUUUGUAUGUUUUCUGAAAAGAGAGUUAAUCUCGUAAAAGGUAUCCCUUACAUGUUUGAUGGGUGUAUUCCUCAUGUAUUACACAGAGAGGGAUUAUCUUUUAAUAUGAUGGAUGUCAAAAGAUAUCCACAUAACAAUUUUAUUUAA